UGUUUAAUUUAAUCUCGCUUUUCUUUGAUGCCUCAUUUUUUAGGCGUACUUGUACAUAUGCGUGUCCCUAAUGACACUCAUCGUUAUCGGCUGGUAUAUAUUCUACAAACGAUGGCAACGUAAUAAGGAACGACAACUGCAGUUGCUAGCACAAAUGCGCGACUCUUCGUCUGUGGGCGCGGGCGAUAUGACUGGGCUGCGUUUCCGUAAACGCGACAAAAUGCUUUUCUACGGCCGUCGAAUGCUGCGUAAAGUAAAGAACGUAUCCGGCCAGGUGUACGGCGGACAAGGACGCAAACGAAAAGCAGUGAUGCACUUCGCCAAACGUAUACUGCAACUACGGCGGGAAAACAUCCCAAUGCUGCUGAAUACUGCAGAGCCUCCAGCUGAGUAUCUACAAGAGGCGAUAGAAGGCAGCGAUCGCGUGCCGCCUGACGCUCUCUAUAUGCUGCAAAGCAUACGUAUUUUCGGGCACUUUGAAAAACCGAUUUUUCUGAAACUCUGUAAGCAUACAGAAGUGCUGACGCUGCAGCCUGGUGAUUUUCUCUUCAAGAUUACUGACUCCGACGAUAGCGUAUUCAUUGUGCAAUCCGGUUUAGUGCAUGUUUUCAUAUCGAACGCUGACGGCAGCACAUUGUCGUUGAAGACUGUGAAGAAGGGCGAAUCGGUGACAUCGCUUUUGAGCUUCAUCGAUGUGUUGUCGGGUAAUCCAAGCUUCUAUAAAACCGUCACAGCGAAGGCAAUGGAGAAAUCUGUUGUUAUACGCCUACCGAUGCAGGCUUUCCAAGAGGUAUUCAACGAGAAUCCCGAUAUUAUGAUACGUGUUAUCCAAGUGAUUAUGGUGCGCUUGCAACGCGUACUCUUCACAGCACUGCGUACAUAUCUCGGUCUAAAUUCGGAGUUAGUUCAAAGCCAUAUGCGCAUUAAGAAGAGCGCUGGUGCCACAAUUUUGAAGACGUCGCCGUUGUUAAGACGCUUCACGCACCCAGACACAAUACAGCACUCUUUGUCGGAUUUUAUGCCGCCACCAGAUAUGUUGGUUGACUUGGCGCAUGACUCGGAACGUCACAUGGGCAUACAAGCGGCGCUGCCAAAUGCGCAGCAAACUGGUAAUGGCGCUAAUGCGAAUGGUGGUGGAGGUGGAGGUGGGGGUGGGCAGCCGACACUUGCGAAUUCGCGAGCGAACAGCAUUGGUAAUUUGGUAACGCGUCGCUAUUCUUUGGUACACGCCGAAGCGUUGGCGAAUGCGGCCAGUGCUGAAUUGGCCAGCCUGCGCGGCUAUGCAUUGGACAGUUUCUUACGUGAACUCGGCUUGCCGGAAGAGGAUCGCACGUUCAUAGAUCCUUACGUCGAAUUGUGCGAAGUGGAGGCGAAUAUUCCAUUGAUCAACGAAGGAAACGUGGAUGAUAUCUGCAUUUGGAUUGUUCUCACGGGCGCUUUGAAUGUGUAUCAAAGUAGCGUGGAUGUCACACGCACCGUAAAGACUGAACGUUCGGAUGUGUAUAUUUACACGGUGCACCCAGGUGAAAUUGUUGGUGGACUCGCUGUGCUGACGGGCGAGGCAAGCACGUACACAAUAAAAACCAAAUAUAUAACCCGACUUGCUUACAUACGACGUCCUGGCGUUUAUGCAAUAAUGCGCGAGCGCCCUCGUAUCGUAUUGGAUCUCGGCAAUUGUGAAGUGCGUCGUCUCUCGCCGCUGGUACGGCAAUGCGAUUAUGCGCUCGAUUGGAUUUUCCUAGAGUCUGGUCGUGCCGUCUAUCGACAGGAGGAGAAUAGCGAUAGUACUUAUAUUGUGCUAAGUGGACGCAUGCGUUCUGUGAUAACGCAAUCAAGUGGUAAAAAAGAAAUAAUAGGCGAGUACGGCAAAGGUGAUCUUGUGGGUCUCGUGGAAAUGAUAACGGAGACAUGUCGCACAACCACAGUGAUGGCUGUACGCGAUUCAGAACUUGCUAAAUUGCCGGAAGGCCUUUUUAAUGCUAUCAAAUUGCGAUACCCGAUUGUUGUAACAAAACUCAUAAGCCUUUUGAGUCAUCGUAUAUUGGGCACGAUGCAGACGCGCCAUGGGAGCACAGCGGCGCCCUUGGAGGCGAAUCCGGUAACACACAAAUACUCUACUGUAGCGCUGGUGCCGGUAAGCGAUGAUGUACCGCUAACAGCAUUCACCUACGAGCUAUAUCACUCAUUGUGCGCAAUAGGUCCCACUUUGCGUCUAACAUCCGAAGUGGUUCGCAAACAGCUCGGCAUGCACAUAUUCGAACCCAGCAACGAAUAUCGUAUGACCUCUUGGCUAGCGCAGCAGGAAGAUCGCAAUACCAUCACUCUAUAUCAGUGUGACUCUUCUCUCAGCGCUUGGACACAACGUUGCAUGCGCCAAGCGGACGUCGUACUUAUCGUGGGACUUGGUGAUCAUGCGCCAAUCGUUGGUAAAUUUGAACGAGAAAUCGAUCGUUUGGCUAUGCGCACACAAAAGGAGCUCGUACUGCUUUAUCACGAGUCGAUUAAUGCGAAACCGAAAAAUACACUGCAAUGGCUGAAUGUCAGGCCCUGGGUGACCAAACAUCACCAUUUGCAGUGCCCUAAGCGCAUGUUCACGCGCAAAAGUCAAUAUCGCAUUAACGAUCUGUACAGCCGUGUAUUAAUGUCCGAGCCAAAUAUGCAUUCGGAUUGUUCGCGCCUGGCACGUUGGCUGACUGGUAACUCAAUCGGGUUAGUUUUAGGUGGCGGCGGUGCACGCGGCGCUGCACAUAUCGGUAUGUUAAAGGCUAUACAAGAAGCUGGUAUACCGGUAGAUAUGGUGGGAGGUGUUAGCAUUGGCGCGCUAAUGGGUGCACUCUGGUGUUCAGAUCGUAAUGUAACAGCCGUUACACAGAAGGCUCGGGAAUGGUCAAAGAAAAUGACAAAAUGGUUCCUGCAAUUGCUCGAUCUCACUUAUCCAAUUACAUCGAUGUUCUCUGGACGUGAAUUCAACAAAACCAUUCGUGAUACCUUCGGUGAUGUGGCCAUUGAGGAUUUAUGGAUUCCGUAUUUUACACUAACGACUGAUAUUACCGCAAGCUGCCAUCGCAUACACACAAAUGGAUGUCUAUGGCGCUAUGCGCGUGCGAGCAUGUCCAUAGCGGGCGUUUUUCCACCAUUCUGCGAUUAUAGAGACGGUCAUUUAUUGCUCGAUGGUUGUUACACCAAUAAUGUGCCAGCCGACGUAAUGCAUAAUUUGGGCGCUGCACAUAUUAUUGCCAUCGAUGUGGGCUCCCAAGACGAUAUGGAUUUGACGAACUAUGGCGAUGAUUUAUCUGGUUGGUGGUUGCUGUAUAAGAAAUGGAACCCCUUCACAACACCGGUGAAGGUGCCUGAUCUGCCCGAUAUACAGUCUCGUUUAGCGUAUGUUUCGUGUGUGCGCCAACUCGAGGUGAGUGCAGUCCAAAUUUCGGCAUUUUUUUUUUUUAAUUUUGGGGAUCCACAAGAUGUUGGUAGCGUCGUAAUGUCUUAAGGCUGGUUUUCACUA